UAAUGAAAUAGCGCAUGAUCGCAGAUACCGGAAUCGUGGAUAUCCCCUUCUUUAAAGGGGAAAAAAACACGCUGUUCAUAAUUAGGAUGUUUGCAGCUGGCGUGCGGAUUGUCAGGGAGAGUCCUGACCUCACUAACCCUGCCCUGCUCCCUCAAUGAAGCUCUCUCCAGAGCUCUCGCUAGUCGUCCUGUUUGUUGCGAUGGAAAUCUGAGUUCUGCUCUUCCUGGGACUACCGUGUGUGUGUGUGAGUGACAGAGAUAGAGAUUGAAGCGAGACGCCGGUGCAGCAAACAGGGAAAACGCCGGGGCUUUGGACAUGGGGGGAAAUAAGAGCAAGCCCAGAGAGGUGAGCCAGCCCUCCAAGAGUUUGGAUGGUACCGGUUACGUGAACAGUGGGGGUGGCAGCAAUGUCGGGCAUCACCUUAGCUUGUGCCAGCCGAACUUCACGCCCAGCCGGACCCCGGUGAUGGAUGGUUCACGACAUGGGGCCCAGAACAUCACUGAUAAUGCUGGUCUGUCGCUGUUUGGAGGAGUGGAGCCCUUGAACAGCCUUACAUCACCUCCCCGUAGCACAUUAACAGCAGGAGGCGUCACGACAUUUGUGGCAUUGUAUGACUAUGAAUCACGUACUGCCUCCGAUCUGUCAUUUAGGAAAGGGGAACGGCUUCAGAUAGUCAACAACACGGAAGGAGACUGGUGGCUAGCCUGCUCACUCACCACAGGACAACGUGGUUACAUCCCCAGCAACUACGUCGCUCCUUCCGACUCCAUCCAAGCUGAAGAAUGGUUCUUUGGAAAAAUUACCCGCAGGGACUCUGAAAGGUUGCUGUUGAGUCUCGAGAACAGAAGGGGGACUUUCCUGGUCCGAGAGAGUGAGACCACCAAAGGUGCCUACUGUCUGUCUGUCCUGGACUACGACACCGUUAAAGGGCUGAAUGUGAAGCAUUAUAAAAUCCGGAAGCUGGACAGCGGCGGCUUUUACAUUACCUCUCGCACGCAGUUUAAUAACCUUCAGCACCUGGUCAGCCAUUACCACAAGCAUGCUGACGGCUUGUGCCACUGCCUGACCGAUGUGUGUCCAAUGCUGAAACCACCACAGACUCAGGGUUUGGCUCGGGAUGCCUGGGAAAUCCCCCGUGAUUCUUUACGUCUAGACGUGAAACUGGGACAGGGCUGUUUUGGAGAGGUCUGGAUGGGCACAUGGAACGGGACAACACGAGUAGCAAUUAAGACUCUGAAGCCAGGGACCAUGUCUCCAGAAGCCUUUUUGCAGGAGGCUCAGGUCAUGAAGAAACUACGACAUGAGAAGCUGGUGCAGCUCUACGCUGUGGUAUCAGAAGAACCCAUUUAUAUUGUCACGGAGUAUAUGAACCAAGGUAGUCUGCUUGACUUCUUGAAAGGCGACAUGGGGAAGAUGCUGCGGUUACCUCAGCUCGUAGACAUGGCCUCACAGGUCGCCUCUGGCAUGGCGUAUGUGGAGAGAAUGAACUACGUCCACCGGGACCUCAGGGCUGCCAACAUCCUGGUGGGAGAGAGCCUUGUGUGCAAGGUGGCCGAUUUUGGCCUUGCUCGCCUCAUAGAGGACAACGAAUACACUGCGAGACAGGGGGCGAAGUUUCCUAUAAAGUGGACUGCACCGGAAGCUGCUCUGUAUGGUCGUUUCACCAUAAAAUCCGAUGUCUGGUCAUUUGGGGUUUUACUCACUGAGCUGGCAACCAAAGGCAGGGUGCCAUAUCCAGGUAUGGUAAACCGCGAGGUGCUGGACCAGGUGGAGCGUGGUUACAGGAUGCCGUGCCCGGCGGAGUGCCCCGAAUCACUGCAUGAGCUCAUGCUUACGUGUUGGAGAAAAGAACCUGAGGAACGGCCCACUUUUGAAUACUUGCAAGGCUUCCUGGAAGAUUAUUUUACCUCCACGGAGCCACAGUACCAACCAGGAGAAAACCUGUAAAGAAAAUCCAGUACAGCAGUUCAUUCUGGGAGCAGGAGAGAGAAUUGAAACCUUCUGACAGCAUGAGUGUUAAAGUGACCCUUUACAUGUGCACUGAUUAGUAAUCAAGUGCUGAGGCUAGGUAAUCUGUACCUUAACUUAAAAAUCAUGGAUCAUUUUGGGGACUGCAGCAGGCUGAGGGAUAAUUGAGGCCAGAGAGAAUCAGGGACGUGUUAAACUGCUGUCUUUAGAAAGACGACAUGUGCUGUGUGACCAUUGACUUGCACAGAGAAAUGAGCAAAGAGCUGCUUUCACCAGUUUACAUAAUAAAAGAAAAUUAACUGUAGAUAAGUAUUGAAUAUUUAAAAUUAAGUCUUUACAUUAUGUAAACGAAAUAGGAAUUUUAUAUCAGUCCAAGGAAACAAAAGAAUUCCAGAUGUUUGGCAAAUCAGGUUUAAGUGUUAACAUAAGUGUUGGGUUCCCAUUCACUUGGGGAAAAAGGCAACCAUUUCUUUGUUUUAACUUUAUUUUAACGUUUAUAAUUAUUAUAUAUUUAGUUUUUGCAGUUUUAAGUAGUUGACAAAGAUUUAUAUAAAAAUGCCACACAGUGAUUUAAUUCUGACAAGCAUAGUUAUUUUUUGGGGCUGUUGUAACCUGUGGUGGAUGGUGGCCUUGAGAACAAUCAGAGGCUGUGCUUUACCAUUCUCCUUAAAGAGAGCACAAGGAUUGUUACAGUUCCUUGCAAAGCUCAUACUUUUUUGCCUCAAAAUGGUUACCACAAAAAAAAACCAUCAUAACCCCCAUACAAAAGUAAAAACAAAGACACCUAAUAAAGAAAUUAAUUCUAAUUUGCCUUUUAUUUGUAGGGCAAUAAAGGUUAUAAUCAUCUGUAUUAUUACAUUUUUAAAUAUUCUUAUUUAUAAAUACUUCAGAUUGGUCACAUUUCCUCUUUAUAACCCCUUAUCUAUCACACCAACAACUCCUCCAUCCUGUUCACUCCAUCAAGGAUAUCCAAUCACUCCAUCAUUUUACAAGGGGUGUUCAGGUCAAGCCUGGACUUCUGAUAUUGCAGAAUAACAUUUAUUUCUCUAUAAAAUGCCCUGCACCACUAAUUCACUUAUCCCAGUGUUUCACUAGAACAUUUUCUUAGUAUGACGGAGCCAUGAUCAGACUGCUUUCCUCAUGUCUAAAAUGCCGGCCUCCCAGGAACUCCUAAAUGGCCCAAACAUGUUGAACUGGCUUGGGGCAAGGUCAGGACUGCACUGGGGAAGUGGCAAUAACUCCCAGCCCAUCAUGUUCAAGGUGAAUUAUUGUGCGUACAGAUCCCACAGACAGAUGCGUCUCUUCCGCAAGUUGUCAACAAGAUAUCCGGCAAUUUUCAAGAAUCAGGCAUUCCAUUCGCUCAAUAUUUACGGGAGGGACUGCAGUGGGCUGAGUCAAAGUCCCGAUUUGACUUGGAAGCCUCUCAUACUUCUUACGAGGUUGGAAUUUAUUUUACAGUUCUCUUUUAGAUGAGAUGUCUUAUACGGUCACUGUCUUCCAAUAAACAUCUGUUUAAAACUCCUUGUUUCCUUGAAGAUGUCCUGUCUCAUGUUCCCUGUUUUUUUUUGUUUUUGUUUUUUAAAAAACUGGGAUCAACUGGAAUUGGGCCAAGAUGGUCAACAGCGAUCAUCAUGUGGCGGAGGGAAUACAGUCAUAUUGGAAAAGUUUAAUGGACCAAGCAAAUAAAGUGUUAAACCAAACUCCAAAAUAAAGCAGCUGCCUUUAAUAUGUCCUCCUAAAUAUUUUUUUCCCUGAUUUUGUUUCCUUUAAUAUUAUGUUUUACUUUUCUGAUAUUAUCCAGUGUUUUCUGCUAAGACUUAAAUCUGCUGGCAAAGUCUUUCAUAACUGUGUAGUUUUCUGCUUAAGGGAGACAUUUUUGUACAAUUCUAUUAUAACUAUAAAUUGUAUUUUUAUUGAUAUUGUCAUUUCUUAUCAGAUUUGUAGUUUAGUCUGAAUUGUAAGUUAGGUACAUCAUUCCUUUCAAAUCAACAAAGUCACUUGCCUUUAGUGUUUUGAAAGACUUUACUUGUAUCUUGUGUUUAAAUUAUGCUGAGGCAACAAUGUUUUAGUAAUUAUUAACAUUGCAUAUGCUUUUCAAAGGGCAACUAUAUUAAUUCUUACAUAUGCUUUUCAAAGGCCAACCAGUAGAACAAUAUUUGAUUUGAAAUGUAUGAAUAACUGACACGUUGACAUUCUAUUCAUCACUGGAUAUCGGAUUGUGUGCAGACACAAGACGGCAUGCUAGAUCCAGCCUCCGUCCUUAAUUUGCCUCUGAUUUAUUCUGUUUUAGAGCGAGUUUGUAUGAAAGUUUGUAUGAAUUGUAGGGCAUAUUUAUGCAUAAGGAUGUGAUCAGAUCUGUGAAUAGUAGCAGUAGGGGGGAGUAGGUAGUCAAUCACGCACUGUUUCCUAUCAUCUGUGGUUGGUUGCUUUUUUUCACUUUUGAGUGUUCUUAUGACACUGGACGGUUUGUUGUAAAUAUUUUCUGGCCGUGGUUAGUGUAAAUAUUCAUACUGCCUUUUCUUUACAUAACUUUUUUCCUUUAUUUUUUGAUUGUCCCAACUACUCUCAGAAAUGGUUUUCUCGAAACUCUUAAACAUUUAGCAAUUUGGAUAAGCAAUCAGGUAUGUGUAACACCAAUACAAAUUUCACUUAUAAUUUCUUCUUCACUAAAUGUGCAGUCUGUGGUGCAGUUCAUUUUGCGGGGAAGGCGGGGAGGGAGAUCUGACUCUGCGAUUUCAUCUAAGUUAAUGUGGUAAUAUGCACAAUUGGGUGAUGGUUAGCUUUUUAAGUAGCUGAUAUUUAUCAUGUUAUUUUUAACACACUUUUCCUACAUUUAUAGCAAAGAGGUUUCUUAACAUGCUGUUGUCUUCUCAUAUGGCAGUGAUUUUUUUUCUUGCUUGCAGCACAUUGUACAGUUCUAUUAUUCCGUGACCUGUCCCAUGCAAAGACUUUGCAAUGGGAGAUGUAUACUUUAACUGUCGAGAUGGUAUCUUUUCUAAGUGCAAUAAACAACAUUUUUAAAAUUUGGA